AUGUCCACGCCAUUGAGUGAUGUGCAUCCUGCGAGUCGCCCCGCACCGCGAAGACAAUCCCAUGCUCAGACAUUCCAUGACAACCCACUCGGCCAACUCAGUGACGCGCAGCUCGAAGAGGAUGCUCGGAGAUUCGUCAGAGAGUUCCUAUUUGUCGACGUCAAGAACCUCAUUCGCGGCAUGCUCGUGGCGAAAGACCCUCGGCUGUACGAAGUUGCUGCGCGCAGUUCCGACCCUGAAGCAAGCCACGGUCUUCCAGUCAAGCUGAGUGAUGACGAGAAGAAGGCUCUGCGUCGAGAGCGCGAUGUUCCGCUCGGCGAGCGUGGCGUCUGGACCAUCAUAGCGACGGUCUCUCUGGCUGCUUUUCUACAAGGCCAUGUCCAGUCUUCUUUCAACGGCGGGGCUCUGUAUGAUGGUGUCUUUGGACUUCACACAAUCGGCGACCGCGAAGACGCCGACGUGUCGAGCACCUUGUCGAACUUUACAGGCGACGACUGGAAGCUUGGUGCCGCCAACGCCUCCCCAUUCUUGUUUGCCGCACUUCUGGGGUGCCCUCUGGCCCUGCCGGUCAACCACUACCUUGGAAGAAAGGGAGGUGUUGCCAUCGCGGCGUUCUUGAUCUUUGCAACAUCGAUUGCGUCGGCGUUUGCAACGACAUGGUACCAUUUAUUCGGGAUCCGACUCGUCAACGGCAUCGGCAUGGGUCUCAAGGCCGUCAGCACACCGAUUCUUGCCAGUGAGACGGCCGUUGGCUUGUGGCGAGGCACGUCAAUUCUAGCAUGGCAGCUGUGGGUGGCCUGUGGCAUCGCCAUCGGGUUUGCCUUCAACCUUGUAUUCAGCACAGCCAAGACAGACAAGAUCACGUUUGCACUUAUCAUGGCUGCACCGGCCGUGCCCUCGUUGGCCCUCUUCAUCCUGGUCAUCUGGUUCUGCGACGAGAGUCCACGCUACCUGUUGCGUAAGUCCAGUCCAAACUACAACCCCAAAAGGGCGUACGAAAUCAUUCGCAAGCUGCGGAGCACAGAGCUCCAGGCGCUGCGCGACAUUUAUCUCUUGCAAAAGUCGAUCGACAGGGGCGAGCCCCUGGUCAGCGCCCCACGCAAGACGAGCAUGUCAGAAACGUUUGUCAACUUCGUCCGGCAGUACCAGCAGCUUCUUCGAGUGCGGCGGCUGCGCAACGCGCUCGUCAGCAGCUCGAUCGUCAACCUCAGCCAGCAGCUCUGUGGUAUCAACGUGCUCGCCUUUUACUCGGGCACGCUCUUCAGCCGGGCGGGCACGAACCGGGCGACGGCGAUGCAGUACAGCCUCGGCAUCGGAGCGGUCAACUUUGUCUUUUGCCUGCCGGCGAUCCGCACCAUCGACACGUUGGGCCGGCGCAAGUGGCUCAACCUGACGCUGCCGCUCAUGGCGGCCUUCAUGGCGGCGGCGGCGCUCUCGUUCAAGGCGCCGGACGGGGCCAAGGUGCCGCUUGUCACCGUGUGGCUGUUCCUGUUCGCGGCGGCGUACAGCCCCGGCCUAGGGCCGAUCCCGUUCACGUACGCGUCCGAGAGCUUCCCCCUGUCGCAUCGCGAGGCGGGAGCGGCGUUCGCCAUUGCCGUGAACCUCGGCUUCGCGGGCCUGCUGUCCAUGUUCUACCCGAGGAUUAACUCGAGCUUGAAGGACGCCGGCGCCCUGGGGCUGUUUAGCGGACUCAACGUCGUGGCAUUCGUGCUCGUGUUCUUCCUGCUGGAGGAGACGAAGCGGCGGAGCCUCGAGGACCUCGACACGGUGUUUGAGCACUCCAAGAGGGACUUUGCCAGGCACCAGGCGGCCAGGGUGGCGUGGUUCUUCAGGCGGUGGGUGCUCGGCAAGCGUGAAGCGAAACCUAGCAUUGGUUACCUCGAGGGUGACGGGCGCAAGCCGGGGGCCGAAGCAGCAUCACGAACGUUAGGGGGUACGCAGGGCGAGGUCGUAGAGGUUGAGAACAGCGAAGCGACGAGGAGGGAAGAGAUUGGCGAUUUGUACUGGUGA